AUGAGCGCCGCCGCGGCCAACGUCGCCGUCAUCGGAGCCGGAAUGACGGGCGCCGUGUGCGCGUCGCUCCUAGCCGCGCGUGGGGUGGCGGUGACGCUCUUCGACUCCGGCCGCGGCCCCGGCGGCCGCAUGGCGCAGCGGAGGGAGGUGAUGGACGACGGCACGGAGCUGCGGUUCGACCACGGCGCGCCCUACUUCACCGUCAGCAACGACGAGGUCGCCCGGGUCGUGGGCGGGUGGGAGGCGCGGGGGCUCGUCGCCGAGUGGAAGCCCAUGUUCGCCUGCUUCGAUCGGGAGACCGGCAAAUUCAGAGACUUCGAUAAGGUUCUGGAGGGAACCAUGAAGAAGUAUGUUGGAGUUCCAGGCAUGAACUCAAUAUGCAAAUCCCUGUGUCAAGAGGAUGGUGUGGUGACCAAAUUUGGUGUCACUAUUGGAAAGAUGGAUUGGCUUCAAGAUAGGAGCUCAUGGUCUUUGGCUAGCUUGGAUGGCAAAGAUCUUGGCAGUUUUGAUUUUGUUGUGGCAACAGAUAAGAACAUAGCCUCACAAAAAGUUUCUGGGUUGACUGGAAAGCCACCGCCUCUUGAUUUGUCAGUAUUUCCACACUUGUCAGCAAUGAUUCAAGAUAUCCCAGUUCGCCCCUGUUUUGCUCUGAUGUUAGCGUUCUCAGAGCCUCUUGCGAUGGUACCUGUCCAAGGGUUCUCUUUCUACAAUUCUGAUUCUCUAAGCUGGGCCUUUUGUGAUAGUAGUAAGCCAGGACGUCAUGUACCUCCUAAUAGCCAAUCGUGGGUGUUGCGUUCAACCACCGAGUAUGCUUCUAAGGUAAUAGAAAGUAUGGGUCCCCGGAAACCUUCAGCAGAUGCCCUUGCUAAGGUUGCAGAGGAACUGUUCAGAGAAUUUCAGGCUACAGGACUGAACAUUCCACAGCCAAUCUUUAUGAAAGCUCAUAGAUGGGGUGGUGCUUUCCCAGCAAUUUCUAUUGGCGGUGAUGAUAAGUGUGUCUGGGAGAAGAACAUGAAAUUGGCUAUCUGUGGAGAUUUCUGCGCUAGUCCAAGUGUCGAAGGGGCUGUCCUUAGUGGCAUGAGAGGAGCUUCCAAAAUCCUUGGAUGUUUAAACUUACCAUCAGGGUUGUGA